AUGGAUACAGUUAAACAACGGUCAUCGAUCACCCCAGCUAAGACCCGUUUGGCUAGCGCUUUCGCAAAGGUCCUUAACAUACAAGCCCAAAAGGCAAAAUCUCGCGAAAAGCUGAAAAGGAAUCGUCAAACCAAUCACGGCGAGACUCCCUCACUUGAGGCCGAAAGUGAUGAGAAGCUAAAAGACCGAUUAAUUAACCAAGCUUUUCUCGCGAAGCUCUUCGCCAGCCUGUCUUCUAUUAAGUGCGCUUACGCGCAAAUGCAGUUUGCUGAAUCCCCUUACGAUGCGGAUCGGAUCCAAUCAUCGGAUCAAACGAUAGUCUCCGAGCUGAAAAAUCUCUCCGAAUUAAAACAAUGCUACUCGAAAAAGCUGAUAAAAAACGAGACCUCCUCGCCCGAGAGAACUCUUGCCUUGGCCGAGAUUCAAGAGCAGAGGAGCCUUCUCAAGACAUACGAGGUCACGAUCAAGAAGCUCGAUUUUCAGCUCAAGCUUAAGGACUCGGAGCUCACUUUCCUUCACGAGAAAUUAUUCGAAGCUCGCAGCGAAAACGAAUUGUUGUUCGAGAGGACAUUAAAUUCGAUCGUGCAAUCGCAUUCGGAACUCAAGACUAGCCAUUUUACUACGCACCACCGGCAGGCAAUAAAAUCGAUACGGGCCUUUGUCCGGGUGCUUGUUCGUGAAAUGGAGUCCGCGGGCUGGGAUUUGGACUCUGCCGCGAGCUUGAUCGAGCCCGGAGUCUCGUUCUGGAGGCGGGCCCACAAGUGCUUCGCGUUCGAGUCCUACGUUUGCCGGCAUAUGUUUGACGGGUUCGAAAAAAGCGAUUCUUCGAAAUUUGCUUCGUUUUGCCGGGAGAAAUAUUUGAAGCUCGUGCACCCGAGAAUGGAGGCAUCGUUUUUCGGGAAUUUGGAGCAGAGGGAGCUCGUGGGGUCUGGGCAGGGUUUUCCCGAGACGGGUUUUUUCUCGGCAUUUUGCCAGAUGGCAAAAUGCGUGUGGCUCUUGAAGUGUUUGGGCUCGAGUUUCGAGCCGGAGGAGGCAACGGUUUUUCGGGUGGCGAAGGGGAGCCGGUUUUCGGAGGUUUAUAUGAAGAGUUUGAGCGACGAGGCUUUCUUGGUGUCGGGUUCGGGCGGGUCGGGAGGGUAUCCUCGGGUGGCGUUCACGGUGGUGCCCGGGUUUCGGGUCGGUAAGACGGUGGUUCAGAGUCAGGACUUGGGGUAG